AUGACAACCGGAGCUGAUAGAAGAGCUAAAGAGAAAUACUGUCAAAGGAUUAUCGUUUCCUUUUGCCAUGAAAGCCAUAAACCUACUCCACCUCAAGGACCACUUAUACCUGAAGAAAUUUAUAAUUUAGAUAAACCUACUCCACCUCAAGGACCACUUAUACCUGAAGAAGUAAGAGCUGAUCAUGUUAAACUAAAGUGGCAGAGACCAUUAGAUACUGGUGGUCAAGAAUUACAAGGAUAUGUAAUUGAAAAAUUGGAUGCUGAGACUGGACGAUGGAUUCCUGCAGGGGAAGUGGGACCAGAUAAACAAUCAUUUACUGUUGAAGGCUUGACACCUAAAAAGAAAUAUAAGUUUAGAGUUAAAGCAGUGAAUAAAGAAGGUGAAUCUCUUCCUUUGGAAACUGAUCAACCAAUUUUGGCAAAGAAUCCAUAUGAUGAACCUGGAAAACCUGGUAAACCUGAUAUUGUUGAUUAUGAUAAUACUCGAGUGGAUUUGAAAUGGGCUGCACCAGAAUCAGAUGGAGGCAGACCUAUACUCCAUUAUGUUAUUGAAAUUAAGGAAAGAUUUAGUGUUGAAUGGAAAGAAAUUUUUAAAACAGAAAGUAACAAAUGUGAAGCUACAGUUAAAGAUUUAAAAGAAAAUAUGGUUUGUCAGUUUAGAGUGAAAGCUAUAAACAAGGCAGGUGUGAGUGAACCUAGUGAGCCAACAGAUAAUCAUACAGUAAAACAUAGAUAUCAUGAAGGACUACACAAAUGUUAUGAGAAAUGGGUCCUGUUGGAUUUGGCUGAAUCUUUGAUACUUUGUAGUUCUAGUGGUCUGGAUCAAAAGUCUCUGGAGCUUCAGAAUGAAACUCAGAAAGCAGCACUUAGAUUUGAAAGAGCAAAUGGUUCUCAUAUGGCAGCUAAAGAAAUGGUUCAAUUGGCUGAAGAAGAAUUGAAUAAAGGCCAUACUUUUGAUUCAGCAAGACAGGAAAUGCUAAAUCAAGCAACUAAAUGG